AUGUCAGGCACAGUAGCAUCAUCGUCCAGGUCAGGGCCCAUCUGGGUGAACGACAACUCUAUCGACCCCACUAUACCCCCCUUGAGUCCCGGCCAAAGAAUUGUCAGAUCCUACCGACGCUCACGUUCCGGAUGCUAUACAUGUCGUCUGCGGCGUAAAAAAUGCGAUGAGAAUCGUCCAAGGUGUUCGUCAUGCAGCAAGCUUGAUAUCACAUGCGAGUACAAUGAACCAACCUGGUGGAGAAAUGUCGAGCUACGACACGUACACAUGCAGCGGAUCAAAAGGAGAAUCAGGGUCGGCAAGGUUAUGGAGAAGGAGAAGAACCUACAAGAUUUCAUUGAUCGUACUCUUCCUUCAAGUAAGAGGCGCGUCAAUGUGAAUAUGCCUCUGUCACGAGAAAGCUCUUACGAAUCGGACACCCCAUAUAUGCCCACUCCAAGCCUACCGUCAAUGUCUUCUCCAUAUGGCUUCGACUUCAAUGACUUUCCGUCCUGGCAAGAUCCGACUGCGUCUUCCUUCACUAGCGUCGCGCCCGAGCAGAUGCCAACGCAACUCCCACCGUUCUCUGCACUCCCUCAGCCACUGCACACGGCGCAAACCCUCCAGCAGAUGUCGCAGUAUUCGUCGCUACCACCUCCGGUUCAACACACAAUGCAAGCUGUGCCACAGCACAUGCACCCACAAGUGCCCUUGGAAAUUACUCCGCAUUAUUCCCAGGCACAGGUGUCGCAGCAACUACUUCAACAAUCAUCCUUGCCACAGCCAUCGGGCUCGUUUUCCCAGACUAUCGGUGCACAGUAUCCCCACCAGCUACACCAAGAUGUUGUACCGGAUAUUUCUCAAUUGGUUUCCCCGCCAUUUACGCAGCAAUUUGGCUCACAAGCCCUUCAGAAUUUUGCCUCCCCCCAACAUGACCAGCCUUUGUCGGCCUACUUCCAAUCUACAAGCGUAGAUGAAGCUGAACGACCGCUACUCUAUCAUUUCGUCGACAAUGUCCUACCACUGAUAUUCCCCAUUCUUGAAAUCCAUCCGCGAAGCCGUUCCCGCUCACGCGAAAUCAUUCGAGCACUAGAGACAAACAAAUCCUACUAUCACUGCUGUCUUAGUGUGUCUGCUAUUCAUGUCAAGACGGUGAACGCUGGCGCAAGUUUGACUGCUGAUAAUAAAGUUGUUGACGAUAUCAUGCGCCAUCGGUAUGCGUCAGUUUCGGCCCUGCAUCAGGCGCUGAAAACCAAUAACAAUCACGACAAAGUGCUUGAUGGAACACUGGCAACAAUACUUUUUCACUGCGCCGUUGGUGAACCGGAUGAUUACUUGCCGGAAAUCCCGUGGUAUGAGCACUUUUCGGCAGCUGCAGAUCUCGUCAAUAAGCUUGGAUUAAUCGAAGCGAAGCCCGAGGUCCCGCUACCGUUCAACAUGUCUCUUACGACAUGGAUUGAUAUUCUUGGCGCGACGAUGAUAGGUCAGUCACCCAAGUUUGCGCACACAUAUCGCUCAAAGCAUCUGAAUGGUGUAUCCACUGGCCUGCGGGAGCUCAUGGGCUGUGAUGAUCGCGUGAUGUACUUGAUCUCAGAGAUCGCGUGUCUCGACACUUUGAAACGGGAGCGACGGCUUGACGAAUAUUCUAUCUGCCAUCACGUAUCUGCCUUGAGUGGACAACUAGAGUAUGCGGAAGGAAGUAGCCCGGAGGACCCGUGCUCACCAUCUGGUCUUGUGAUUCCAGAAAAGCUGACCAAGAACGUGACUGCCGUGUUCCGCGCGGCGGCUCGGGUUUAUCUUUCCACUCUCGUGCCCGGCUAUGAGCGCACUCAGCAAAGUACAGCCAACCUGGUGCAAGCGGUCGCCGACCUCCUUCAAUUCAUCCCCGAUGGGCCCUGGGGAUUCGACCGUUCAAUCGUUUGGCCUUUGCUCAUUACAGGAGUGUAUUCGACUCCGGGAAGUCAAUUCCGCGACAAACUGGCGACACGAUCCGAAUUACUUGGGGAAGGGGCAGAGUAUGGCAGCUUUGGCCGCAUGUACCGCGUACUGAAAGAGGUUUGGAGACUUUCAGAUGACAUCACGCCCCAGAUUUACACAGAGGCAAACUACCUGCUGCCUUCAAUGAAUCUUAAGCAGGGGCCGAAUGGAGCUUACGUUCCACCACCCGCGAUCAAGACAAUCGGCCGGCCCAUCAAGAAGCAAAAAGUCCAUUGGCGAGACGUGAUGAAGAGGCGUGACUGGCACUACCUGCUUCUAUAG